AUGGUCAUAGCCAUAGUGACACGUGAUGACAGCGACGAUUCAAGCCUUAAACGAAAAUCACGCAUUGCUAGAAAGAGAGAUCGCUCAUUCACCCAACCAACACCAGAUGGAAGAUGGGGCCACAAUAAGUUUUUUGAACAACAGAGAGAGGAAGGAUUUUCAAGAGACAGAAAUAGAGAAGGUUAUGGUUUUACAAGAGGAAAGAGAGAAAGCAACAGCUACAGAAAUGGAGGGGGUUACAGAGGACGAG